AUGGCGGAUAUUAAGCCGGGUUCUCAAAAGGAGCCUCAUUCAAGUGGACAGGAUACGAUGGCGGGUAUCGCAGAAAUCGCCUCUUCUUCCACAAUGUCUUCUUCCAAAACUCCACUGACUGGAAUAUCUUCUUCUGAAAAAAAUAGCAGUUCGUGUCCGUCAACUACCCAUUCUGGCAUCAACAACGAGAAAAACAAAGAUAGCCGAAGUACAUCUACGUUUAAAAAAGAUAAUCGUCAAAAGGAUGAUUCCGAAGAAAGCGCGAUUCUAGAGGUUUCUGGCGAGAGCGAUGAAGAAAAAUCUGUCCAUCUCGGUGGGUUUGGGGCGAAGAGUGAUCAAGAAGAAACUGAAGAAAGAAAGCAGGGAUUCUACAGAGACGAGUACUUUAGCCGUAAACUAGAAUAUCUCAACAAAUUCAAUCGACCGCUGGUUCUCGAUCGCCAGUACACUUAUGGACACACUGAGGGUGAGCGUGCGGGCGAACAUGUCGAUCCGCUCUACCAUCAGAUCUACGAGGAGUGGAAGGCGAAACGCGAGAAGGAAAAAGAAAGCAGCCAUGAUCAAGAAAAAGAGCGACUACAAGCGAUCGAUUUAGCCAGAGAAGUAAGCAAGCUUGGCCUCAAAACGCCCGAAUCAGAAACGUCUUCUGAAGCCUUUGUCCCGAUCGAAGGCUCCGAUACAGAAGUAGAAACAGAUAAAGAAGACGGCGAUGAUGAAGACAGUGUUAAAAAAUUUGAAGGAUUUGGCGGGGAGAAAAGCUCGUCCGUGAAAGAACCGGAAGAUGAUGAAAAAUCAGAAAGCAGCGUGAAAUUUGCAGGGUUCGGCCAAAAGAACAAUGAUGAUGAGGAUGCUGAUAUCUUGGAGUCAGGAAGCUCAAGCAGUCGAAAACUAUCAGGAUUUGGUAAACAGAAUUCAAAUGAAAGCGGCGUUGCUGAUUCUUCUGAGCAGUCGAAUGGUAAAGCUGGCUUUGGCGACUUCAAACCCGCAGAUGAAGAAAACAAUAAUCAAACAAUUGACGAAGAAAAGGAGAAAGAGCGAAUUUGGAAGCAACUCGAAUUGAAUCGCUUCUACAGCGGGCACAUUUGCCACGCUCUCGAAGCCGACGACGAGCUCCAUCCGAUCAACAACCCAGGAGACGAGCUUAAAAAGAUCGAGUCCCUCGACUUUCAAGUCUUCCAAGCCGUCAACGGUGAGAUCAUCAAGCUCAAACCUGAGCAAUAUCUCUGCUACUCCUACGAAGAGCUCAAUCUUCACCCACAAUUGGCUACAAACUUGAGCGUCUAUGGCUGGGAAACUCCAUUGCUUGUUCAGCGAGUGUCAAUGUACCCGAUUCAAGAGGGGCAAGACAUUCUUAUCAACGCUCAAACUGGUUCGGGAAAGACAGGAGCUUUCUUAAUUCCCCUCAUAAAUUACAUUUUGAAUAAUCCAAGACAGAAAAAAUUUGCUCGAGAGAGAUCAAGUGAAAUUCCAGGUGUCGAAGGAAUCAUUGGAGUCGACCCUCGAGCUGUGAUUAUGACUCCUACUCGAGAACUGGCGAUUCAAAUCGCCAAGGAAGCCGUCAAGCUCACUCGCGGACUUGAACGCGAGACAAUCAAAGUCAGCAACCUCUACGGCGGCACCAAUCGAAGAACCCAGCGCUUCCACGCCUUCGGAGCUGACAUUAUCGUCGGGUCUCCUGGCCGCGUUGAUGAUAUCCUCUUUCCCAAAGUCGAAGGCGUUACUGAGCAACAUUUUGCGAGCUGCGAUUUUGUCGUGCUCGACGAAGCGGAUCGAAUGCUCGACGAAGGUUUCGCCGAAAUCAGCAACCUCAUCAUCAAGAAAAUUGAAGCAAAGCGAGGAGAGCGACCACAAGGCCCAAUUUGCAAGGUUCUCACUUCCGCCACUUUUCCAGCGGAAGUUCAAAGCUUCGCCAACGGGUUUCUCCGUGAGGAUUACUUGUACGCUCAAUGUGGAAUUCUCAAUGCUCCAAGUGCUUCCGUCGAACAAAAAGUCGUCCAGAUAGACGGUCCAGAGAAGAAACCAAAAGAACUCGACAAAGUGCUGAAGGAGUACGAAGUCGGCACUGAUGGCAGCAGCAAGAAGGCCCUCGUCUUCGCGAAUACAAAAGCCAAGGUCGACUACUUGGGUUGUCUCCUCAGUGAUAAACUGAAAUACAAAUGCAUGACGAUGCACGGCGAUCGCUCUCAGGAGCAGCGGGAGUUUGCGCUCUGGAACUUUGCGACUAGCAACUGCCCAGUUUUGAUUGCGACGAACGUGGCCGCCCGCGGAUUGGACAUUCCCGCUGUCGAUUUGAUCGUCAACUUCGACUGCUCGGACAAAGACGUUUUCCACGACGACUACAUCCAUCGAAUCGGGCGAACUGGACGCGUUGGUCGUCCUGGCACCGCAGUCACUUUUGUGCAAGGAAGGGGUAGUUACAACGAUUUCACCAAAACCCCCAUCCUGGUUAAACUCAUGAGGGAAGGAGAUGCCGAAAUUCCAGACUGGCUGGAAGAAAUGGCCCAAAGAGUUCCGGAAUCUGAUGAUGAAGACAAGGAUGAUGAUGCAUCGAGUGUUCACAGUCGCCUUUCUAGCUCAACUUCGUCCUCUUCUCACUCAUCGAAGUCAUCGUCGAAGUCUUCGUCCGGAGCCUCCAGCCUCAACCUUGCUCCCUCGGACUCCUCCGAAAAGCCCGCUGAAUUUGAAUCCUUUUCAUUUUAUGGAUAA